AUUCACCAGAUGAACGUAACAGACGAUGCAAAUCCAAAAGAAGAAUUUCUUAAGGCGCUUAAUUAUGACUUUUCUUAGGACAACUAGAUCGGAAAAAGAAAUGUGAAGGAACGCCAAAUUAAGAGAGUGACUUCAUGGUACUACAUUUCCCAGCGGCCCUUGCGGAAAGAACGCAUAAAACAGGAUAGGGUCGGACGGAAUUAGUGAAGGCGGAAGCGGCUGCGGUGGAGUGGUCCUGUUUGUACUCGAAAGUGAUAGUUGAUGGUCUCCACCAAUUCUGAUUGCUCUUCUUGGGCUGGCGAUACUACCGCUACAGUAGUUCGCAUUCAAGCAACAGAUAUUGAUAACACCAUGCAGCCAGAUACAGACAAAACCAGAGUACGAGUUAGGAAACCGGACAUGGUUCUGUAUGUCCCAAGAGCAAGACGUGAGAUGGCCGUCUCAAAAAGUGGCCCUUCCAUGGCCAUCAAAUACGGGAGGGAGAGUCAUGGCUCCACCACAGAGAAGGAGAGUGUUAAAGCGUGUGAGGCAGGACAAAACCCUAAAAUUAGGAAAGGGCUGCUUCAGGAUGAUCAGGAAAAUGCCAGGUCUCCUCAGAAACAGAGAAGAACUUUUCCCCAGGACUCAAGCCAUAAUGAUGCAUUCUGCCAAAGAAACCAAGGCACAAAGGCUCAGGGAGAGAAGAGUCCAACGUUCCAUCAGAAGGCCACUUCACAUCACUUCUCCUCUUCCUCCAGCUUCCCAGACCCAACUCUUACUGGAGUGAGCGAAACAGAGACACAUGAGUGCUGUACUGUACAAUCUGCUGUCUCAGGGGAAAGAAUGGCAGAUCUCCAGCCAGAGAUUAGUAGUAUCAACACCUCCUGGAAAAAGGAGCAUAUCUGCCCAUCAGAAAGGCAGAUCACCAGCAGGACCAAGAGGGCAGCAGUUGUCUCAGAAGCAGUAGGACCAGGUGAAAGUGGUAGGCAGAAUUCCUUGGAACAGAAAAUGCUAAGCGAAGAUAGCAAGUUGCUUUUCAAGAACAACAGAACAAAGCUUUUAAGUAAAGGUGGUUCAGAAUUGACCGGAAUAAGUAAGAACAGUAUAUCUGGAACGGAAGACCAGAGGAUUCCAGAUAACAUAGAGGCAUAUACAGGUGGUUCAUCCAUCUACACAGACGAAGGAAACUCUGAUUCAGCACACAUAAGUAACUGUGAUUUGCUGGAGCACAUUGAUAAAAGCCACCGGUUUCCUAUGGAGAUAACCAAGUAUAACAGAUGCAAAUAUAUAGAGCAAAGCAGCUCCAGUCAAACAGCAAUGAGUGACAAUAGCAUCUUAGAAUGUGCUGUGGUAGAGCCAAAGGAAUGUAAUAGAGUUGAAGAUGCAAAGGGGAGUGUUCCUGCUUCAGCACAAGCAAGUGAGUAUGGCGACAAGAAUGAGAGCUGUAUCUCCCAGCGUUCAGUUAAAUUUAUCUCUGAUCAGGUUGCAGUGGCUGCUGAUAGUCAUGAGAACAUUUUAAUUCAGGCGGAGACACAUAAGCUCAUGGAGAAUGCAGAGCAGCUUCCAGAUAAUUCAAACGUGUCUAUAGGUUUUAGUUGUUCAGACAGGACUUCUGAGAAGAUAGAUGAUCUCCCCAAUUGUUUCUUUAAGGUAGCAGGUGAUGAAAAGUUACAGGGAGGUGAUAGUGAACACGAUAAGGAGAAAAGCCUGUGUGAUGAGACAGGCCAGUAUAAAUGUGAGACAUUUGAGGCAAAGGCUGCACUGACAACAGAGGAAAGCAUUUUGGACUUGGUUGACCAGAGCCCUGAGAGCAGAAGUAGUGUGGAGCCAUUUUGUCCUUCCAAGGAGACUGCCAGCUGGUCUCUGAAAUCUGCCUCUGAGAAGAUGGCAUCUUGUCCAGUAAGCAUAUUGGAGAGAACAGGAACACCCUUAGAAGCGGAAAAGCCAGCUUUGGGGGAACUGGGUACAAGCUUGCAAUAUCCCUCUGAAGGCAAAGGAGAAGAACGACCCACAAAUCGUGUGCCAUCUAGUUCGGAAGAGACCACUAACACCAGCACUGAUCUUGUAAGUCACAGUGAGGCUGACAACAUGGCAGAUGAGAGCUGGGAUGCCCUGUUUAAUGAUGAUGGGGAUUGCUUGGAUCCACAAUUAUUGGAGCAGCUGUCUACCUGCACUCUCCGUGGCACAAGGCUACAGGAGCCGCAUUUUGAUUAUUACAACUAUUCUCCAGCUGAUCAGGACAUGAGUGACUCUGAGCUGCCACAUGUCAUUGAAAUCUAUGACUUCCCACCAGAAUUCCGCACUGAGGAUCUGCUGUGUGUCUUCUGCCAUUACCAGAAAAAAGGCUUUGACAUUAAAUGGAUAGAUGACACACAUGCUCUGGGUAUCUUCUCCAGUCCCAUCACAGCACAGGAUGCUCUCAAUACCAAACAUCUGAUGGUGAAAACCCGUCCCCUGUCACAGGCUACACGAGCUGCAAGGACCAAAGCCAGAGCUUAUGCAGAAUUCCUGCAACCUGCCAAAGAGCGUCCUGAGACCUCAGCUGCUCUGGCCAGGAGACUGGUGACAGGUGCCCUUGGUGUGCGAAGCAAGCAGAGCAAGGCCGAACGUGAAGCUGAAUGCAAGCAGUUACAAGCAGCUCGAGAGCGGAAGCUCUUAGAGGCCAAGCAAAAGGAAGAUGCCUGGGAAGGUCGUGAGUGAGUCAGCAGCCAGUGCAAGAAGAGGGAAGUUGCUCAGGCCUGCUUGAAAACCUCAUGGAGUGGAACUGACAAAUGGCAGCUUGUGCUUACAGCAUUGAGGGACUCUACCAUCCCCUUUGGGGGAAGCAAUAAGAUAUGGGGAGUUGGGAGUGCAUUGGAGUAGCCAGACAUGCCAGGAUGAGUCAUGUGAACCCAAGCUACCGGGUUGGCUGGAAGGCUGUGAAAGAGUGGGACUGGAGUCUGGCUGUACCUCAGGAAGAGCUGCUGUAUUGUUAACAGUCCUGCAGGGCUGUUCUAAAUGCCAUAGAAUGUAAUCCAAAGGCACUCAUCACAUUACUUUGAAGCAGCCUGGAUGCAGGGCCUAUCUGUUCUCUGGGUCACUGAGUCAUGUUGUGCUCAGUGGGAUGGGGCUAAACCAUGAUAGCUUUUAGAUCAGGCCCACUAGGAUGGCCAGGUGCCCAAUGCUGAGCUUGCUAUUAAAGUUGAUUUGAUUUUAUAUAGUGUCGUGUGAUGCAGGCAGCUUUACUGCCUCCAAGUAACUCUAUGAAUCUUCAGCACUGGAAAGUUAGCAGAGGUAUGACAGCAACUCAGUGAGUUACUAUGGUUGGACUUGACUCAGACCCUCCUCUUCCAGAUCCUUUAGAAUGGAAGUCAACAUAAGAUGCCCAGAAGAAAGGUUCUCUCUUACAAACCCAUUCCUGAUGGGACCCUCGUAAAUUCAUCUGAAGAGCUGAGAUAAAAGCAACUCUUCCCCUAUGGGGAAAUCAGGCUCCAGCGGGGAGACCCUGCUACCAAGCAGAUUCUGGACCUCCUAGCAGAACCGUUCCUAAGAGGCUCUAUGCACUUGUGUGGGAUUCCCCUCCUUAUGGCAGGAAUAUGUUGGCAGCAGUCCUUGCAGCAUGUCACUCCCACCCUGUAAAAACAGGCACAAGUAAAAAGCAACCCAGCUCUAGUCUGUUGGAUUUCACUUUACAGGCAUUCCCUCCACUACCACCACCGCUGCCCACUCCCCAGGAAUGCAUCUCAAAGACCAGCAAACAAGGUCCUUUCUGUUCUGAGCAGCUGCAUCACCACCACCCAAAAGCAGGCAGAUUGGCUGCUUCCUGUAAAUGUACAUCAACAACACACCUUUGCUAGGCUGGGCCGGAGAUUCCUGUGGUCAGACACUCCCAGCUGUGCUUGGGGUCAAGCCCUCUAAGCUUGGACCAAGAAUUUUGGUUGUCUCCGCUUAGUUGGUGCAGAGAUCAAGAUCCAGACACAUCAGUCUGAUCUUGCUACCGCACAGCAGUAGACACAAGUGCUGCUCAAACUCUAGAUCAACGCAAUCUGUCCCCGUCCAAGUUGUGGGUCAAGACAAUGCAUCAGAGGUCCUGUUGGAGGUGGCAUUUUGGAAGAGUGGGGGGAGCAGAGUUCACUAGGGGUGUGUGCCUGGCAUGCCACAUUGACCUAGUCAGAGGAAAAGUGGAGAUACUCUCUAUGGGACAUUCUGCUUGAGACUGUUUGGGGUCAAAUUGCACACAGUAGGCCAAGGCAGCUCUCAGAGCUGGAAUGUUCUGGCAAGCUGCCUGUUGCUGGCCAGCCAGACUUACAGCCAUCUCCGUACCUGGAACAGCAACCGGUUGUGUCUCCCUUUGAGCAGGGUGGAGUGCUUGCCUGUGAUGUGGGCAGUAUUCUGGAAUAGGAGCGGAUGGGUAGUGACUGCUUUUCCUGGCAGUUCUAAUGGUCUGAUUCCCUACUCUGCCAAACAAGUGAUAUCUGAACCAAGCCCUGUCUAUUUGAUCCAACUAAAUACUCUCCAAUCUGAUACACCAGAGUGGCUAAAUUAGGUUUCAUUCCCGUUUAUAGUUUCUGGCAGUUUGCAGAGCCUCCCUGCAUGAAAGGCCAUCAGCAUUUGUAUCGGAGUAGACUAGCCAUCCAAGUAAUCUCAUAUUUACAUAGGAACGAUUGCACUGAAGCUUAUUGAAGAAUUGUAUUUAAUUCUUUUGUAAAUGUGGCUUUAAGGCAAACAUGCAGAUCAUUCUUUAAGUUGGCAUACCUCAGAUCCUAUGCUUAGCUGGUCCCAUGCCUUAUUUAAGACAGGAUUUGUCUUUUCAAUCCGUUACUGGCCUCUUUUCCUGCACUCUUGUCAUUUCUGUUAGGAUUGCACUGUUGCAAAACAUGCCAUAGAAUUUGAGAACUAUUAUAAUUAUCUCCAGAAACAGAUUUAAGAUUUGUCUCCUCAAUGUUGCUUUAAAACCUAAACACCAAAAGUGUGUAGUGUUUCAGAUCUGAAUUAUGCAAAGAGGCUUCAGAUCUAGCAUAGACACACACAUCCCCAUCAGCAGUUCCUUAAAGGAGAAAGGCCCUUUCCUGGUCUUCCAUAAUAAUCUCUCUGCUCAAGAAAGAACAUGAAUAAGUUGAGUUCAGAAGGCAUUAAAAGCAUCUGUGAGCACUCAUGUGCCCAUGGAUGAUCCGCUUGUAUCAGGGCUUAUUAGAUUCCCUGCCUCAUCUGGCUUUCAGUUUUUUUCUAGUCUUCUUAAUUUUAGAAGAAGCAUACAGAACAUGCUUGGAUCCUUUAAGCUCAUUAAAAUAGUUCUGUUCUGGGACAUUUGACCAGAAAGUGAGACUUUAAAUGAAGAUCACAACACACUCCAAGGUCAAUUGCCCCUCCACAGGGGAGAGAGGUUUCUCUGGAUUUCUUUUUCUUCUGUAGCCCCUGGCUUGAUCUGGGUCAUUCUUGAACGCAAUUUUUCUUUGCAUGUUUUAUUUCCAGCACCAAAUUAUUUUGCUUGCUUUAUUUCCAGCACCAAAUUUGGCCCUGGUCUGUUCAGUUUUCAGAUAAUUAUUGUGCUGAGGAGACGCAGUAAGGUCCUGGGUCCCUCUGCAUAAUUUCUUUCCAAUAUUUCCAUUGGAUUGGAAAUAAUAAAAAGUAAAUGCAGCUGGUUCUUUUUCUGUUUUUGUCCUCUGCUGCUGAUAAAAUCUUGUGCCCCAAAAACUUUUGCCAGCCAGAAAAAUUGAACAGUACAUUCAAACACAUGUCAGUGACUAUUACACUGACCAGUGGUAGAUAAAUUAAGACAGGUUCUGCCCAUUUUUAUUAAUCAGCAACUCUAUUAUAUAAAUAUGGCGCAGAUAUACAGUAUUAUGUAGAAAUCAUUCAAAGAUAUUGCUUAUUAGAGUAACAGUAUGUAUGCGCACAGCAACAAUCCAAACUCAUUGGGAGCAGGGGGGGAGGGGAGGAAUUGGCAGGCUAAAAAGAAACAUGAGACAUUGAACCCUCUAAAGUACCAGCCUCCAGCAUCAUCUUUAUUUACAAUAAUUCCUCUGGGCCUCAUAGGCAUUCUUAGAAAAUACAAGUGGUGGGUUACUGCAGCCCAGUGUUUCGUUAAAAGGCUGCCUAUCUGGCCAGAGAAAAGGCUAGCUAAAAGCUACUUAUUUAUUUUGCAAUAUUUGUAAAUCACUCUAAUCUCUGGCACUUUGGGAACUGUAUCAUGGGAGCUGGAGGAGUUAACAAUCAGCAAUUUUACAGAGUUGCCUUCUGGUAAUGGGCUGUUUGCGCUCACUGUAACAGCCACUUGGGGAAAAGUCAAGUCCACCCACUCUUCUCCCCCUCACGGCAGCCUGUGGUGUGUGUGCUUGUGAUGCGCUCACAAAACUCAAACCUGGCUCUGACUCCAAUAGGUUGGAGAUCCCUGAUAUCAAUUAUGGGCUGGUCAGUUGGACAUUUUUGGAAGCACUAGAGGAAGCGCUGACUCUCCUUGUGCUUUAAUACAACCUCCCUCAAAGGCUUUCCUCUGACUACAUUCUCGUUCUCACAAAUUUAAGCCCACAUUGAUUCUUGAGGGUUGCUGGAUCCUUUGCAAGAUUCAGUGGCACAAACCUAAAACUCUGCCAGCAGCUGAUUUGUUUUUUUCUGGGCACUGAUCAUUGGUAACCCUAUUUAGAUUUCACAUGCUGAAUAUUCCCUCACUGCAGCUCUCCUGAAGUGGAGAGAGGAAGAGGAGAAAUGUGUUAACACAGAGUCAGUAAUUUGGUUCUAAAGCAAGAAUAAUUUUUAAAAUGGCAGAAUGUUUCUAGGUGUUUUUAUAUCAGAACUGCAGUAACUAAGACAGGGGUCUCCAAUCUUGGCAACAUUAAGCCUGGAGGACUUCAACUCCCAGAAUUCCCCAGCCAGCAAAGUCCUCCAGGCUUAAAGUUGCCAAGAUUGGAGACCCCUGAUCUAAGGAAUACCUGGCUAUGUUGAUUGCAGAAUACAGUUAUUGAAUGUGUUUACUGCACAUUUCAAGAUAGAAACUUGGAAAAUCUGAUCUGACCAAUUUUGGCUCGGGCAUCACGCCCAUUCUCCUCUGUAGUGAUCCUAUUUUGACUCAUGUACUUCUUUACCAGGAAAUAAUGUUUUAGCUAAAUUCAGCUCUGUUGGGAUUUUGAAAACAUUUAAUACUCAAAAGUAGUAUUGAAGCAGUUUCAUAAAGGGCUAUGAAAUAAGUAUCCUCUGGAGCGAUAUGUUUAAUGCUUUCUUCAUUUCUUAAGUCCUCAGUUUAAUUCAGUUUAGUUGGAAUGAGAGUUUGGAUCUUUGCCCUGUAUUAAAGGAAUCAUUGUAAUCCGUUCCAGUGUAUUUCAGUUCCCCCUGUUUGUUGCGUGAUAAAUUUCCAUUUCUUGUUCAUCUGUUGUAUAUAUAAUCCUCACUUGUCUUUUCAUGGUUGCAUUUCUCUUGGGAAAACAUAUGCAUUUUCCAACUAUUUAAAAUGUUGUGCUUUCUCUCUGAGAAAAAAUUAAGUUUUCUUCCCUGUCCAAAUAUACAUAUAGUGUUAUAGGAAUUGCUUUUUGAGGCAUGGAAGUUGGAUGGAAGUUGCCUCACCAUCCUAAGAACAGUCUAAGUCAGUAUUUUUCAACUUUGGCAACUUGAAGAUGUGUGGACUUUAACUUCCAGAAUUCUGGAAGUUGAAAUCCACAUAUUUUCUAUCUGACAAGGUAGUCUAAGUGUUCUUUGCAGAAGUACCAGGCACAUAGGAACUUCUAGAAGAGACUUUCCUGCCUGAUCAGCCUGCCAUACAUUCCAAAUUUUAUGGGACAAUAACAUCUUUUCCACUACUUGUGGGUUUUUGCCCUCAGAAAAUAUAUAAAGACAGAAUAACUGUAUGAUAUCUCUUGAUUGGUAAAGUUGGAUUGGUAAAGUAUCUGGAAACAGCACAGAUGUGACGUAGUGUAAAGUUAAUGACACCAAAAGCCUUACAAACUCGUACUUUUGAAACAAGAAUGUUGAUCUUUGAACACUUCAAUAAGGGUCAGAGCAGCAUCAAACACCUUUGAUGAAGCCAUUGGGACAGCCAUUUUGAGUCUGAAAUGAGAUGUUUCAACCUCAAAUAAUUCAGACUAGAAAUCUUUUGCAUACUCCAAUUCCUUAAAAUGGAGAAUUAAAUGAGUACGGUAAAUGUGAGUGUAUAUAACUAAGAAGAGGCUGUGCAAGAAGUUUGGAAGUGAAGGAGAAAUGACUGAAGAAGAGAGAGAAUUUAUUGAAUUAUGGUGCAUAUGAAAAUGUAGGGAAGGAGCAUAUUGAGCAAGUGAAGAUUUGAGGUGGUAGCCCUUUUUUUUACACAUCAACCUGAAAAAUGGCAUUAAAUUAAUAGAUGAGGAUUUUAUGUCAUAGAAUGAAUACAAACUCUUAUGUUCUUCCAUGCCCUUUCUGUUCCAUGUAAGCUUCAAAUAUGGUUGCCUUCUUGCCUCUGCACUCCAUUAAACCAUGAAGGUUCUUUUUAGCUUCCACUCUGUUAAAUCUAUCCUGCAGAUUGCAAUCAAUUUCUCUUUUGCUUUUCCUGUUCCCCAUGUUUCAGUUAUUUCUGCUUCCCUUAUGCCUGUCUGGUCCAUCUAGCAGAGAUAUUUAAUCUUCAGAGCGAAGAUCACAUAAAUUACUUGAUACAAAUGAUGACAAGGAGAAAAAAAAUCAAAGGAGAUGAGGAGUCUAAGAAAAUAGAAUCAGUCUCAUAUUGCAGAGUUAGCAUAGCACUGAGCUAGAAGAUGGAGGUCU